AUGACUCGUCGUGGGAUUGAGCCCGAUGCGUUGAUGUAUACGUCUCUUAUCAAUAUCAUGGGCCGGGCUGGCCUUGAAUGGCAGGCCUAUAAACUAUUUUCACGCAUGAUCGAGUCCAAUGUUCAACCACUACCCGAAACUUAUGUGGCGUUAAGGGAGGCAACAGCAAAGCACCGAACUCAUCUUCGGGAUGAUAUUCAAGCCAAAAUCGAGCAGUCGAUGGAGACCUUCCCGGAAUACUUGGCGGAGAUAGAAUCGGCACGACAGCGCGAGGACGAUCGCAAGUGCGUUGUAAAAUUUGAGGAGUACCUCAAAGGGGAACUACCCUUAUCCGCUCCUUUAGCUUUUGGCAGUGCCGAAUCGACGCCGUCUUCGACGAUGAAUCUUCACACUUCCAUGACGUCAUCCACCACAACCUCCUCUUCCUCUACCGCGAAGACGGUAGCUACGAUGCACAUCCGUAAUCCAACUGAUGCCUGGGCCACUGCGAAAAUGGCAGAAAAAAUUCGUGAUCGCCCACAUCAGUUGGCUAAAGGGUUCCAAGCUGAAACUCUCCGUGAGGCUCUGCUGAAGUUAGACGAGGAGGAGCUUCAAAUCUACCUCGCCUCGCAGCGGCAGCUGCGGCAUGGAAGCAAGCCGCAACUCGUGCAUCGUAUUUUGGAGAAUGUAAACGAGCAUGCCAUUUCUGCCAUGUUGGCACGUCGUAAUUAUUACUUUCGAUCUGUGGAAAAGCUGCUUGCGGCGGACCUGCAGGAAUUAAAAAGUUCCACAGCGGACCAACCCAAUGAUAAUCCGCACAACACACCCCAUGAGGCCUACUUUGUGGCGGAUCCUUCUUUACAGGAGAAGGAACAGUUGUCUUCUGGCCCUGAGAUCCUUUUAACUCCAUGGGGACACAUUCGGAAGCCUUUCAAGAUUCGAUGUCAUGAGGAUUCGAUCGAUUCAAAAGGUUCUAGACCAAGCGAGCGCCUUGAACGGCUUUGCUUAUUAGAGCCUGAAUUGAUGCUUGUAUGGCGAAAGUCGCAAAAUCAAGAGCUUGACGAGAUUCCGGAAAGUCUUCUGCGGCGCUAUGCUUACCAGUUUCAGCUCCGUUGGCGUCGACGGGUGCCACUUUCCCUCAUUCAUGCCGUUCAGUGGCACGCGACGAUGUUUUUACCCAUCCUCCUCACAAAGAAAAAAGGGGCCCCCGGCGAUGUCGAGACUUCAGACGAAAGUUCUUUUUCCACACAAUACCCAUUCCCAACCCCACCGGCGCGCCUUCGCCAACAGCAGGAGGAGGAUGGAAUGCGGCAAACACUCGAGAAUUAUGAGGCAUUUCGCAUUAUUUCUCAGCGCACCAACAAUCUACAGGUGGUGGAUGACAAGGAGAUUAACCUGCACCUAAAGCGCAUCCGACGUGAGAACCUGCGAAAAGAACAGAAAGACGAGGACUAUUUACGCCGGGAGCAGAAUAUCUUAUCCAUGGCAAGUUUGGCGGCUUCCGCGCACGAUUUCACCCCGAUUGACCCCCCAGAGAGUGAGAACCCCAGUCGUGUUCUGGGGAUUGCUAACCACACUCAGGGGUUUCUCACUGACGAGGCUGGCGUUUUUCCCGAAAAGCCGCACCGAGAGCCAAUCAAGACGAGGGCUGCUCAUCCGGGUCAAGACGCCGGGGAAAUCGUGGGAGGUUCCGGGAAUACCAAGGGGGAUGGGGUUAAGGGCGCUGUAGGGGAGGAUCCGAACGAGAUCCCACCCUGGGUGCUCUUUUCUGAGCAGGAGGAGUAUAACUUGUCCACUGGACAUUUUGGUGACCCCGAGAUGGGCCGCUACCAAGAGCUGAGUGACUCCAAAUUUCGACUAUUACCGUCUCGACUGGCUGAGAAGAAGUGGUCGGUGGAUCGGCACCUGCUGCCUGAUUCGCUUAAAGAUGUUGUGAAAUCUGCGGAACUAAAGCAGGCCGAACGUCUCAAAUCCGUGGAGAAGGAGUACCACCGCCGACUUGAAUACAAAAAGUAUCGAAAGUGGGAUAACUUUUUGAGAAAGGCUAAAGAGGCGUCUGUUAUUGCAAAAGAGAAGAAUGGAUCGGUUCAACCCAUCCCGGCAAAAAAGCGUUUAGCACAACUCCUGCGAAACGGAAAGGACCGGGCAAAGGUUUCCGAAAGCGUUCGUGAACGUUUUAAUCGCUGA